AUGGACUUUACUGUCGUUGGUGACGAUGACUCGGAAUACUUCCGCAAUCUCCAUGGUCGCACCCUCAACGCUCUCAACACAAACUACCUCAUCCCCGUCGACGAUGACCAGGUCAAGCGCUCAGAACUCCAUCACCGUAUGAUUCAGUUUGUGUUCGAUGGUCGAAACUAUGUCGGACCCGUCAAAGAGGUCCUCCAGUUUGGCCAGCAACGCAAAAUUCUCGACCUAGGCACAGGCGGCGGUUUCUGGCCAAUCGACAUGGCGGACGAGUUCCCCAGAGCAGAGGUCAUUGGCGUCGACCUUGCCCCCAUUCAACCCAGAACAGUCCCCCCAAACUGCACGUUUGAGCUGUGUGACCUUGAUCAGUGGCAUAUUCCCUAUCCAGACAAUCAUUUUGAUUUCAUACACGCCCGCUCAAUUCACAUUGGUAUUCGCAAUUAUCCUCGCUUCUUGCACGAAAUCGCUCGUCUUUUGCGUCCAGGCGGGCUCGUACUUCUCAUUGAGCCGGACCUCAACCCAGCACCCUCACCUACCUCCUCGGACCGGCUGGGGCCCGUCUCCAUGCACGGCUGGUCUACCCUUUGGGAGACUUAUCGUACGUGCCUGCGACGUCAAGGCAUUGAUAUCACCGUUCCCCAGCGGCUCUCAGACCUUCUUGCGGCUACUGGCGCCUACGAAAAUAUUGUCGUUCGUGACGGCAACAUUCCUGUGGGAUUUUGGCCUCAAGACCCUCACUUACUUACUGUUGGGCAACUUCAAUGGAUGGACUAUGAACUUUUUUUGCCCGCCCUCAGUCCUCUUUUCCUCUCGAACAAUCUACCCAUUCCGACUGUUGACCGAAUCAUCAAAGAAGCCCAGCAAGAUCUCUACUUCCCUUCCGACUCGCUUUCGACGCAUCUUCACAUCGUGUACGCUACCAAGUGCUUUUAA